AUGGCGGGCCCAGGAGAGGGUCAAACGCCACCUCAUUCAGGCUUCAACCCCACGCUGCUGGUCAUCCUGGUCGUGGUGGGCUUCUUCGUUCUCUUCCUCGUCGGCCACGCUGCCAUGUACUUCUACGCACAGAGCGUUCUGCCACCCAAGAAGAAGAAACCCGUCUCUCAGAGGAAGCUGAAGCGGGAACGCCUCAAGCAGGGGGUCUCAAUCCCUGGUGAAUGA